AUGGCCAACGUGUCCCUGGGUCCUUGGGCGAGUCAUUUUCUGCUUCAACCUGGACACACCACGAUGUUUCGUCCAUUCAGACGGAAAGCCUCGUCACUCUCCAAACGACACCCUACCAGAAACGAAUCUCUCACGUACCUCAGGGCCGCCUCUUUCAUCUUCUUCCUCGCCAUCUCGAUUCUGCUUCUAUGUCCCGUCUCAGCCGGUGCAUCCACUACACCAGGUAGUGAUGACUCGGCGCCUAUGGGACAUGUCAUUGGUAUCGACCUUGGAACGACCUAUUCUUGUGUUGGAGUGUAUAAAGGCGGGCGGGUAGAGAUUAUUGCCAAUGACCAGGGGAACAGGAUCACACCUUCUUGGGUGAGCUUCUCCGGGGAUGAAAGAUUAAUCGGCGAAUCAGCCAAAAAUGCAUUCCACUCCAACCCCAGGAACACAGUGUUUGAUGUGAAGAGACUGAUGGGUCGGAAAUUCUCUGAACCCGAAGUUCAAAAGGAGAUGGGGCAUUGGCCGUUUAGUUUGAAGGAUGUGAACGGGAAACCAGUCGUGUCAGCUGGUUUUAAAGGGGAGAAGAGGGACUUUACCCCGGAAGAGAUUAGUGCCAUGGUGUUGACGAGGAUGAAGGAGACCGCCGAAGCCUACCUUGGAGAGAAGGUCACGCACGCGAUCGUCACCGUUCCAGCGUACUUCAAGGACGCACAGCGCCAGGCCACCAAAGAUGCCGGUACCAUCGCAGGCCUGAAGGUCAUCCGCGUCCUCAACGAACCGACAGCCGCAGCGAUCGCCUACGGCCUCGACCAAAAGCUCGAUGACGAAAGCAAGAUCCUGGUGUACGACCUCGGCGGUGGAACCUUUGACGUUUCCAUCCUCUCCAUCGACGAUAAAGUCUUCGAGGUCCUCUCCACCUCUGGUGACACCCACCUUGGCGGAGAAGAUUUCGACAACAGAGUCAUCGACUACCUCACCCGGAAUUACGAGAAGAAGCAUGGGAUGCAGAAAGGCGAGGUGGGGAGGAAUAAGAGGGCUAUGGGCAAAUUGAAGAAGGCGGUGGAGAAUGCGAAGAGGGUGCUUUCGAGUGAGUUGAGCGCGAGGAUUGAGAUCGAGUCGUUUGAGAAUGGGCAGGAUUUGGUGGAGGUGUUGACGAGGGCCAAGUUCGAGGAGUUGAACGCGGAUUUGUUUAAGAGGACUUUGGAACCUGUUAAGCAGGCAUUGAAGGAUGCUGGGUUGAAUAAAGGGGAUAUUGACGAGAUCGUCCUCGUAGGCGGCUCGACGCGGAUACCCAAAAUUCGACAGAUGUUAAAGGAGUACUUUGGGAAGGAACCUUCGACUGGGAUCAACCCUGACGAAGCUGUCGCCUACGGGGCGGCCAUUCAAGGCGCCGUAGUUGGCGGGAUGAAGGAUGACGACCCCAACGCGGUCACCAUCGUGGACGUCAGCGCGCUGACUCUUGGGAUCGAGACCACGGGUGGCGUCUUCUCGCCCAUAAUCAAGCGUAACACUGUCAUCCCAACCAAAAAGAGCCAAAUAUUCUCGACGGCGACGGACAACCAAGAUACAGUAAUGAUUCAGGUUUACGAGGGAGAACGAAGCCAGACGAAGCAUAACCACCUCCUCGGGCAGUUUGAGUUGAAGGGAAUUCCACCCGCGCCCAAAGGUGUUCCACAGAUUGAAGUCACAUUCGAGCUGGACGUCAAUGGGAUCAUGACGAUUCGGGCGUCUGACAAGGGAACGGGAAAGUCGGCGUCGAUUACAAUCAAGAACGAGAAGGAUAGGCUGAGCCAUGAAGAGAUCGAGAGAAUGAUUGCGGAGGGAGAGAAGUUUGCCGAAGAGGAUGCGCUGUACCGGAAACGAAGUGAAGCGGCCAGUAACCUCUCGAGUUUCAUUUCCAGCAUCAAGUCGCAGAUGGCGGACAAGGAAGGACUCGGUGGAAAGGUGUCCGAGGAGGAUAAAAAGGCGCUUAGGGCAACAAUAACCGGAGUGGAAGAGUGGGUCGACGAGCUUGGAAGGGAAGCCGGUUUGGAGGAGUUGGAGGAGAGGUUAUCAGGCAAGUUGCAGCUUGUGGUAAUGGCGUGCAUAAUAAUGACCGAAAGCCUUCAGAAAUUCAAGAACAACGUACUAUACCGUUCAAUACACUACUGGGACUCGGGGAUUCUGGGUCACAGGUUAUCUUCGGUUGGCCUUCCAUAA